AUGCCGUCCUCGUCGUCGGCGGGCGACAAAAACAGCAGGUCGACGGCCUCCACAUCCGAUUCGGACAAGUGGGAAAAGCAGAGCACUGGCAGCACUGGUUCAAAGUCUUCGGUCGGCAGCAUUGUCUCGAGGUUCUCAUCGGCCUCCUCGGCCUUCAGGAAGAAGCUGACGGGCCUCGGCAAGAGCGACGCCGAUGUCUGGAGGCCAGGGGACACGUGCGAGACGAUAGCGCGCGUGACAGCACGCGCCGAUGAAGACCUCACUAGCGAGGUGGUGGGCGAGAUUAUGCCAGGUAUCACCCUCUGGAUCUUAGAGGUCGCGGAGCACAAGAGGUUGAAGAUAACGAACAAAUCGGGGAGCCAGAAAGGUUGGAUCAGCUGCAGAACGCAGUUGAACGAUUGCGGAUCAUCAAGCGCAGCAAGGAUUUCCAGUUUGUCUUGGCCGAGUUCAAGGUAG